GCCAAAGAGGCUGAAGACGAGACUGUCAUAGAAGGCAAGUUCACACCCCAGACUUUGGUCAAAUACAAUGGUGUUGACAGCCCCAAGGUGUUCAUCGCUGUGAAAGGCAGAGUUUUUGAUGUUAGUCAGGGUGCUUCUUUCUACGGUCCUGGAGGUCCUUAUGCCAAUUUUGCUGGUAGAGAUGCUUCGAGAGGUUUGGCUUUCAACUCGUUUGAAAAGAUCUGCUUGACUCCCAUUGACCAGCCAAUUGACAAGUUGGAAGAUCUUACCGAAGGCGAGAAGGAGUCUUUGAACAACUGGGAAGAGCACUUUGAGAACAAGUACCCAAUUGUCGGUACCUUGCACGAAAACAACUGA